GGGCGGGGUGGAAACAGUUUCAAGAGAACCAGUGGAGCGCUGGACGGCAGUCUUCGAGUGAUGGAGGGGGGCGGCCGGGUUGCCUGGGUAAAGUAUGGGCCUGUCGUGUCCGUGUUUGCGGUCCUCCUGGCCGUAUGGUUCCGGUCUCCGGAGAACACGGUGCUGGACGACCGGCUGGAUACCGUGCUGUCCUCGCUCCUCCGGGCGGAGCGCAAAGUCGGGAUGAACAGCAUCGCGAGACCGCGAGUUGCAGUCGGCUUUGGGGGAUGCGUGGACCUGAUCGUGGACGGUGUCUCACUGCUGAACAAGAUCGGUCUCCCGCCCACCGAGCAGCCACUUCAUCAUGACUACAUAGAGAGCGCAGAGCAGCUGGCUCAGAGUUUUGCAUACUUCUUUGCUCCGGGAGCUGCUGCAGAGCGUUUCGUGCUGAACGACACACUCUUCAACGAGCUGGUGGAGGCGUCUCGUGAUUUACCUGGGAACAGAUGGGCCGUCGGUGGAAACGCUCCAGUGAUGGCAGGUCGCAUGGCAACCGAGGGCUGCGACGUGCUCCUGGGGGGCAGCUUCAGCUCUGACUUCACUGACGUCCUGUCUCAGCACAUCACAGUGGCAGGCAACACUGUUGAGGAACCGGAUAUCCACCUCAUCCUGGAGUAUCCCUCUGGAGCAGAAUGGGGGAGCUACACUUCACGCAGGGCCAACAGGUAUAUCGUCCACAGCGACGAUCACAACCCCUACCUGGCCUCCAUGGAGGAGUUUGCCAAGAAACUCCAAACCUUUGAGCCCGACCUGCUGGUGGUGGGAGGACUGCAGAUGAUGGACAACUUCCCCUUCCACGCUGGUGAGCGAGCAACUCUCCUCUCCCGACUGGCCGACCUGCUCUCCUCUGCGACACCCACCAUUGGGGUCCAUUUUGAGAUGGCCAGUUUUGUGGAAGAGAGUAUAAUGGAAGACCUGCUGCACUACGUCAUCCCUCAUGCAGACUCCCUUGGGAUGAACGAGCAGGAGCUCCCUAACUUGCUGAGUCUGCUGAAAGGCUCCAACAUCACCGUUCUGUCAGACCCGAACCCACGCGUGGCCACCGUGCUGGACCAGAUGAGGGAAGUCUAUCGCCUGUUAAACCAGCGCUACCAGGACGCCAGUGCAGAGAGUGAGGAGGAGGCUACACUCAAGCCCCUGACCAGACUGCACGUGCACACGCUGGCCUUCCAGGCCAUGAUUGUCACGAGGGGCUCCAAGUGGAAGAACACCAUGUCUGCCACGGCCAAGGCCUCGCUUACCGCCAACCGCCACGUCUGCGGUUCUAAUGACAUUGACCCCAGCAAGGCCCGGCUCAUCAUGGACGACUCCUUCUCUGUCAGCCGCCGGGAGGGAAGUCAGCGAAUCCCCCUGCAGGAGUCCAAACCUGUCAGCUGCUGGUACGAGGACGACUAUGAGAUCUGCGUGGCGCCAGUCCUGGUGUGCACCGAGGUUUACCAGACUGCCGGCGGAGGGGACAACAUCUCAGCAGCUGGUCUGGUUUUGCAGAUCUGAAGAGUAGUUCAGGGUCUGCUGAUCCCUGAAUGUGAUGCAGCUCGGUAGCAAGGUGUCCCUCUGACCCGUUUUGAGGUGACCACCCUCGCGGCUUUAAGACUGUGCAGUGAUGAUAAUGGAUGUCAGAUGAUGGAGUGUCGUGUCUUUAAGUCCAGUUAGUUUCUAAAGUUGAGUGGUUUUUCUUCCCCGCACCUGACCGCUCCACUUCCUGUCGGCGUUCUGACUUUCAGGACUUUGAGGUAUCGUGUGUGUAUGUGUAUCGUAGCUGGUCCUGGUCCGACAAACUCAGUAACUAAGUUGCUAGUUGCUCAAAUUCUUCAGGAAUAAUUACUUGAAUCCUCUAUGCAGCAACAAUCCUUUCUGAUGCAUUCCAGCUUAAGAGCUAAUAUAAUUCCUAUAAUUCCUUUUGAUCAUCUUUAUUCUUGCUAAAUACAUUUGGAGCAUGGCGUCAUUAUCUACAAAAUUGCUGAUCCUCUUGUAACAUUCACUGUUGCAGUGCAUUAUGGGACUUGGGUGAGUGUUACUACAGCACGUAUGUAAGUAUGUACUUGCACAGUAUGUUCACACGUGGUUUUAACAUGACUGAACUGGGGGUUCAAUUGAGAUGCUGCACACAUGUUCAGAACACACUUCUGAACUGGGAUGGUAACUGCACAUGCUGGAAGUGAUAUCAGAACGCUAAAACUAAGUCUCCAUUCUGAUGCCCACUACUGUUUUGCCGGUCAAGAGCCCCCAAAAAUAUCUUAUUCCUGACAAACUCUUCAUUUGCCAUGUCAACAUUUCUGUUAUCGAUAACUCUGUUAUCCCCCUCAGACUCAGAGGAGAGCCUUCUCAGUAAUUGAGUUGUCCCAUGUUAUGCAGAUUCAUGUGCUCUUCUGUUCCUCGAGUAGCAAUUUCUUCUUGAAUGUGUGAAUAGAAGCCAAUAGCUCUCAGUGAUUCCAGAUAUGUGAAAAUAUAGGUGUGUGUUUAAUAUUGACAUUCCUCUGUCUGCUCAAGUGCAAUAUUGUUUUUCUAACUUCUCUCUCUUGUGUGGCUCAUUGAUCUGACCAAACCAAUCAGAAGAGCUGGGUGGCCUGUAUCACGCACAGGUGGAAGCAAACCCACUGUCGUGGAAAGGAGAACUAGGGACUUCAUUUUAAACUAUUGCUGUUCAUGACGUAUGUUGGCUUCUCCCCACAUGACAGUCAAACAUCAAAGCCAUUCUCAUAGCUGCUACCUCAGUCACUCCGCUUGGUUGGUGUGUGUGUGUGAAACCUGACCGAAGACUAUGUUGAACUUCCCAUUCUCAAACUGGACACUUUAGGAAAUCAGUUGUUUGCAUGAGAAAGUCAAUCUGCUUUGCCACAUUCUCAGACUCAAAGCGACUUCACUGUGAAAUAAUUGUUUACAGCUCAUUCAUGCUGCACAACCAGGUCCAGAAUAAACGUGUUCUUUGACAUACAUGUUGACUUGAUCCCUGCUAAGUCAUCUUUGAUGGAAUGUUUUGUUUAAACAUUCAUUUCAUGGUGCAAUUCCUCAUUCAUUCUGUGUGUCUUCUUUUUUGCUCACUUCCCUGCUCUUCGAUGUUCCAUCCCAUAUCAUGCAGCUAACCAUGUAGAACAGGUUACAGCAGUUGACGUUUGUUUGCUUAUGAGUUCCUUGGCGUUUCCCGAACUGAAGUUUGAGAUGUCACGAGGCUGUUAAUAGUAUAAGGUUCACUGUUUUUAUUGACCUGCUGAAUCUGUCAGGUCAGUGUACAGAUUGAUCUGUCACACAUGUCAAAGCAGCAUCAUGGCCUUUGACCUCAAAUUCUUUCUGAAGACCACAAACUUAAAACAGGUCAAUAAAUUCCGCUGGUUCCAUCAUGUGAGGAGACAGAUGUGACUUGGUUUCCAUUCUUGGUUCAACUCAUCUUUUGGAGUGAACGGGGGUUUGUAUGAGAG